AUGCUUCCGGACACCGUGAGGUUGUGCAAGCAGUACAAGAGCCUCUCGGAUAUGAACUCCCUGCUGAAGGCUCAGUGCGAAUCGUACAAGGAGGACUUCAUGCACGAGCGCCGCGAUCGAGAGCUUAUGGCAUCCCGAAGCAAGGCGUCCAACGAACCGAAGAUCAGGUCCAUCAUCAGGCAGCUCCAGCAGCUGCUGCGGAGAGGACACGACGACGUGGAGAUGGACGGUGCCGGGGGAGGCAACGACGAAGAAAGCUGCAGCGACGAAGAAGAUCGCGAAAACAACUAUGGACCUGUACGACUUCUCGGGCCACUUAAUGGACGGUGCUUUCGGAAGCGUUUACUCGGCGAUCAGAAGAGCCGACGGACUGUAGUGAGAAACUCCUCGGCGUCCUACCUGACGAACGAAUCGGGCGAAACGAUAUUGGCGGAGGCGCACAUCCUACGUGUGGUCUCAGGGAUCGAGGGUUGCAUCGGAUUUGUGGACGUUCACCAGGUCAAAGAUUGUCAUUUACUCGUGAUGGAACGGCCGCUUCGGAGCUCCGACCUAUUUCAAGUUCUGGAGAAAGUCGGCAGUAUCCCGAAGGAGAGAUGCAGAUGCUUCUUUCGGCAAAUCGUGGACGCCUGCGUCGGUUGCUUCAAACGAAACGUAGUUCACGGAGACCUGAAGAUGGAGAACGUGAUCGUCGAUCUGGACACGGACAGGAUCAAGCUGGUGGACUUCGGUUUCGCCAAAUUCGUCGACGACCAACCGAUCGCCAGCGCUUUCGGAACCACCUAUCAUUACCUUCCUCCGGAGAUGCUGAAACAUCGAUUCAUGUAUGCCGUUCCGGCGUUGAUCUGGUCGCUCGGAAUCAUGCUGUUCGAAAUGAUCACCGGAGAAGAAGUAGAACGCGGUCGUCGACCGUACUUGCAGUUAAUCGACGACGAGGAGCUACUUUCGCUCCUCGAUCGAAUGCUAGCGGUCGACUGGAGAAAGAGACCGUCGCUGAAACAAGUGUCGGAUCAUCCUUGGACGAAUAAACUGACCGCGAAUGGGGAAUAUGUUCAAUAG